CGAAAUUAUCGAAGCAGACGCACGGAAUUUAACUCCAUUCAGUCACAUACUAACAGCAAUGGCGCGUGUUAGCUCGUAGAAGGCAACUCACUUCCUUUUCAUUUACAUAAUUAAUUUCACAUUCUGCUGCAGUGCCAGUGACUGUGAAAUAAACGACAGUACAAUCGAGGUUGUUAAUACAUUCAAUUAAUUUAACUAAAAAAACGUGCAGUGCAAUAUUCUGUCUGUCAGAUGUGUCUGAAUCUUAUGCCUGGUGAAAGUCUUUUCGCGUCUUUGACCCAAUUCGUUUUCUUAUUGUCCUGGGCAUGAUAUCGCUUUGAUACAUUCCGUCGUAAUUUAAUGAGAUUCCCUCGACGCGUACUGUGGACUGUGUUAUUUUAAUUUCAUAAUUAAUCAUUAUCAAAGAUGAAUCUUGAGGCACGCGAUGUAAUCCGAGUGGGAUCCCGUAAAAUUGGCCUUAAUACAAACCAGACACGUAAUUAAAUGUCUCAAGGAUCUUUACCCUAAGAAAAAUUUUGAAAUUGAUUCUGUUGGUUUUAUAUAGUUACAAUGAAUACAAAGGGUGACAAAAUUCUGGAUAAAUCUUUGCCAAAAAUUGGUGAAAAAUCCUUAUUCACAGAAGAGUUAGAACUUGCUUUAGAAAGUGGACGUGUUGACUUUGUUGUCCAUUCAUUAAAGGACUUACCAACUACAUUACCUGAAGGAAUGGCUUUAGGUGCCAUAUUAAAACGUGAAGAUCCGAGAGAUGCAGUAGUCAUGUCAAAAAAAUAUCAAGGCAAAACAUUAGAAACUUUACCAGAAGGCAGCAUAAUUGGUACCAGCUCUUUGCGACGAUCCGCUCAGUUAGCACGAAACAUGCCACAUUUGAAGGUGGAAAAUAUUCGCGGAAACCUAAACACCAGAUUGAAAAAGUUAGAUGACGAAGAUGGUCCAUUUGCUGCAAUUAUUCUAGCAGCAGCUGGCUUGAAUAGAAUGGGCUGGCAAGAUCGUAUCAGUCAGUUACUGGAUCCAGAAGAUACGUUAUAUGCUAUCGGUCAAGGUGCCUUGGGUGUGGAAUGUCGUGAAACUGACUGGAACACUCUUUCCUUAUUGGAACCUUUGCAUGACGUUGAAACGACAUUGAAAUGCGUGUGCGAAAGGUCCUUUCUCAAAACACUUGGUGGUGGAUGCUCAGCACCAGUAGCAGUAGCCUCUUCAUUAAAUGGGAAAGAUUUAACAAUCACAGGUGCUGUGUGGUCACUCGAUGGUCAAACACUUAUCAAGGACACUCUUAAAAGUAAAUUAUACUUGCCUAACGAUGAUGGGGAACCACCAAAGAAGUGUCCUUAUCGCGAACCUAGAUUGUACUGCAGCGUUGCUCCCGGAAAAGUAAGUGGUAUUAGUCUCUUGGGUGCUGAACAACUUGGCAAAGACAUUGCCAAAAGUCUAAUUGACAAAGAUGCUCUCGAAAUCAUGUCCAAAGCAAGAAACGAAAUACUUAGCACGGCGUAAGUAGUAUAAUUUGGAAAUGUUAAAUUUGACGUGAGAAAUAAUUUGUUUAAUUGAGAAACAUGCGCCGGAGAUAUGUGUAUGUGGUUUUGGUACACUGCAUACUUGAAUUAUUAACUUCGACGGCUCUUAUGCAGUGAUUAGUUUUCUUAAACGCAUCAAUGUAUAGAAAGUACAAAAAGAAUCACUAUGACUCAUGUUAAUCAUAACACGAACUGCAUAAAUUUUAUUUUGUUCUCUUGACUUAUAUUUGAACAUAGUCAUACGUAGACAAAUUUUCUUGAAAAUUAUUUGCAAAAUAAUUUUGGAGUUAUACUUACAAUUAUACUGAAUACGCAAAAAUGCUUAAUCGACUGUGAACUUUUGUUCUAAUCAGUGUUCAUUCAUAUGUCAUGUUAUGCUACUUCUUUAAAGAGGAACACUAGCUUCUGUGUCUCACGUUCUUCCCAAAUGUCGUCUGUCAUCCAGUCUAACGUUUAUUUUUGACUACGCAGUGUUAAAUAUCUAUUUAUUAUUUAUAUAAAAUUAUUAAACAGCCACUAUUUGAAAAAUUAUUUGUCGUUUAUUCAUAAUAGUCCAAUAGAUAUAGGUAAAUAUUUGUUUAUUGCAAGAAUAGUUGGUUGAUAUUCAUUCAUGAAACAUCAGUUUAUCGUUGAAAACUGCCAUUUUAGAAAUUUUUACAGAUGCACAUAAUGUUUCACAGUGUAAAUAUGUGAUAGGCAUAUGAAAAAUAGCGUGUAAGGUCUAUAUUUUGCAUAAAUUAAUAAGCUCUGGACAAUUGGAGUUUGAACUCUGUGAACAUCCAAUAGCUCAUUAAGUUUGGUAAUUUUGCGAACACUUUUUUUCAGAUAUCAUGCUCCUAAUUUUGCAGACUAUAAUGAAUAAAAUCAAAUUAUAUAACGUCACUGCAUAAUAUCUCAUACUAGUAAAAAAUUAUUGUAAAGUAUUGUAUAUGAAAAAAGAUUUCAUUUAAGAGUCCACAAUUGAUAUCAUUUUGUUAUAUUAUUCUAUUGGUGUUGAUAUAAUAGUUAUGGGAGAAUCGUUUGUUAUUACUUUACGAAUUUUACAUUUACAAGAUAUAUGUUAUAUACAAGUGCACAGUUUGCGCCGCACGUUGAGGAAAAGUGUAGAGAAAAGAAGAGAGAUGUACAGAAAAUAAAUGUAUAUAAAAGUAAUCGUUGAAUAAAAAUAUAUAUAUACUUUA